UACGCAGCGAUCCUCGUUCCUCGACUUGGACAGAUGUUCAUAGAAUACGAUCAUCCCUGGAAGAAACUGUCUGAGGAGUUUGGUCCUCACACCAAGUCCGUCACAGAGGCUCUCCUCACGCUGCUCCUGGUGUAUCCUCGGAGGAAUCUUUCUGCAGACCAGUGGCGCAGCGCUCAGCUCUUGUCUCUUCUGGCGUCUCCCGCCACCAUGCUGAGCCCCGCGUGCUGCGACACCAUGGCUUGUGAGUAUCUGUCCAUGGAGGUGAUGGAGCGCUGGAUCCUCAUCGGCUUCAUGUUGUGCCACAGCAGUCUAAAUACCAAUGCUAACUCUCAGACUUUAUGGAAGAUGGCCCUCCGUAACGGCCUGUACAUCACAGUCAUCAGAGACGAGGUUCUCAACAUGCACAAGCUCUCGGAGGAGUUCUUCGACGGUCUCAAAGGAUACAGUAAGCGCAUCCCUGACAUCAAAGAAUGUAAAGAGUACGUCAUCACUAACUGCGGGGCAUUGCGGAGAGAGAAGCGUAACUUCCUGAGGAAUGCCCUGAAGGAACUUACCAAGGUUUUGGAGGAUGAACCUGCAUUGCUCGGACCCAAGGCUUUGUUUGUGUUCAUGGCGCUGUCGUUCUCUCGUGAUGAAGUGCUCUGGCUUGUGCGUCAUGCUGACAACAUCCCCAAAACCAAGACCCCGGAGGACUAUGCAGACUCACAGAUGGCCGAGCUCCUCUACUACAUGGAGAAGCUGCGCACUCUUUUGGCUCAACACAGAUAUGUUAUACAACGCUACCAUCUUCAGUACUUAUCACAGUAUGAUGCUCUAGCACUGAACGACACCAUUCAGGGUAUGCACGUCUGUCCGGAGGAAGAAUCGAUUCUUAUGUCUUCAUUUGUCUCAACUCUGUCUGCAAUGAGUCUCAAGCACUUGGACGCAGGAGAAGAGUUUGACCUGAAACCAUUCAGACUGGACUGGUUUAGAUUGCAGGCUUACACCAGUAUUGGUAAAGCUCCUCUGGCGCUGAAGGACUACCCUGAGCUCGCCAAGGUCAUGAACAUGGCCCAGUUUCACACGAGGAUGAUGGACAAUGUGAACGAACUCCUCUGUGAGACGGCUGAUCUCUCUAUCCUCUGUUUCCACUCGCGGGUGUUCGAGAAGCUGUUCUCUCAGAGCAGCGAGGACGUGUCCAUGCAGCGCUACCUCACGGCUUUCCCCGUCAUCUGUUCACACUUCAGUCAGUGUCUGCAUCCGCUCUGUCCAGAAGAGACCGAGGAAACAGAGGCUCAAAGCCUGAGGCUGUGUGUGACCUUUCUGGAGGAGAUUUCCCGUCUGACGUGUUCGGUUGUGCUGGAGAUAUGUGCUGAACAGUGCAACCUACAUGAGAAGUUAUUGCCUAAACACAGUGCAGAGACCAUCAGUACAGCACGCAAUAAAAAACUGAAGAAGUCAUUACCAAAGAAAGGAGACAUGCCGAAAGAGAAACCAGGGACGGAAAGCCUCCGAAAGGACAGAGUCAUCGUCACAAAUCUGGAUAAGAUGCACCUGGCUCUGACAGAACUGUGUGCUUCCUACAGUAUCUGCGCUGAUUUCAGCGUGUUCAAGCACAUCCUUGUACCUGCUGAGUUCCUGCUCUCACAGCUGGAGAUUAGACUCAACAAGGUUAUUGUGCAGAUGGCCAAUUAUAACCAGAGCACCCACGAAAUCGCCCGGCCCUCGGAGCUGCUGGCUGGGAUUCAGGCUUAUGUUACCAGUCUGCAAAGCCUCAGCUGCUACAUCAACAUUGACGUCACGCGCCUGGUGAAGAGCGUCUUGUUGCAGCAGACGCAGCCGCUGGACUCGUAUGGAGCACAGACCAUCACAACGCUCUACACAAACUGGUUUCUGGAGGGUCUCUUGCGUCAGGCCAGCAGCGCUCUCAUAGUCCACUGUCCUACCACACAGUGUUUUGUGAACCAGAACACUGAGAAUGAGCAGAACUUUCGUGCUGAAGAAUACUCCGACAUUUGUGGUUUGCGAUCGUUGGCUGAACUGAUUGGUCCUUAUGGACUGAAGUUUUUAAAUGAGAACCUCAUGUGGCACAUCAUAUCCCAAGUUGGAGAACUAAAGAAACUCGUAAGUGACAACAUGGAUGUCCUCGUACAAAUGAGAGCUAACUAUGAGAAACCUGAAGCAAUGAAUGAACUUCAAAAGAAACUCACAGGUAGUGAAAAUGUUUUAAAGAGAAUGACCAUUAUCGGCGUGAUUCUGUCGUUCCGCUCCAUGGUGCAAGACGCUCUUGAGGAGGUCAUGGACAGACACUGCCCGUUUGUGAUGAGACCCAUCAGGUGUCUGAAGGACUUCAUCUACCCUGACGGUGACAUUAAGGUGUCACUCGGUGUGUAUGAAAUGGCUUCGGCGGCUGGUUUGCCGUGUGAGAUCGACCCGGCGCUGGUUUCAGCCAUCGCAAACAUGCAGACAGACAACUCAUCCACUGAGGAGGAUUUCAAAAUCACCUGCCUGCUGCUAGUUUUUAUAGCCGUGUCUUUACCCACGCUGUGCCUGGAUCCAAACUCCUUCUACAGCCGAGAACAUGGAGGUCAUCAAAACAACAUUCAUUGUCUGGCGACUGCAAUAAAUCACCUCGCGGCAGCCAUGUUUACUGUCCAGAGAAAAAAUAUCCAGACUCAGCUUCAAGAGUUCCUGAAGGUCUCUCUCACCGCCGGAUGCCCAGCAAGAGUUUCAUAUUUUAUAAUUCAUACACAGAGCAAACAUUUACUGAAGAUCUUGGUGGCAUCAUCUAUCUUGCUGCAGUUGGGUCAGAAUGUGGAACGAGUGGAAAUAAAGAACAGAGAUUCAGUUUAUCUUCUUCUACACAUGACGGUGGAGCAGUCACCGUUCCUGAGUCAAGACAUGCUGGAAACGUGUUUUCCAUACGUACUCCUCAGAAACGCUUACAGAGAAGUGCACAAGAUCUUCAUCCGCACUAUGGGCUAAACUUUGUUUUUGUUUUUGUAUAUACAACCCCUGGCAAAAAGUAUGGAAUCACCAGUCUUGGACG